AGGAUUUGAUGGUUGAACACAUUUCCGUUCCGGUAGUUAAAUCUGUCCGACAGAAGAACUGCUGGUUUAUUCCAUAGACAUAUGUAGUUUAUUCCGUAACUUGUAAUUGAAUGUGAACUUAUUUUAAAAUGCUCAACUUGAAAACCACGUCAGCUGAAAUCAGCCCGUCCCGAAUGGACCUUAAAACCUUUUCCUUGAUAUGCGCGAUGUUUUUAUUGGCAGAGUCUGCAGCGGAGGAGAUGAUGCACGUACCCGGUGGGAGGAUGAUAAUGGGAACCAGUGCAGCCGAUGGGAGAGACGGAGAGGCUCCCACCAAGGAGGUCGAGCUGCAGCCCUUUGACAUCGACACCUAUCCGGUUACCAACGCCGACUUCAGAGACUUUGUGAGGGCGCAGAAGUACAAAACCGAGGCUGAGACGUUCGGUUGGAGCUUUGUGUUUCAAGACUUUGUGCCAGAAGAGCUCAAGAGCAAAGUCACCCAGAGGAUUGAGUCAGCGCCUUGGUGGCUGCCCAUAGAGCGAGCGUUCUGGAGGCAGCCUGCAGGACCCGGUUCAGGCAUCCGGGAGCGCCUGAGCGCCCCGGUGGUUCAGGUGAGCUGGAACGACGCUCAGGCCUUCUGCCGGUGGAAAGGCAAGAGACUGCCCACUGAGGAGGAGUGGGAGUGGGCUGCGCGUGGGGGGCUGCAAGGUAGGACUUAUCCGUGGGGAAACAAGUUCCAGGGCAACAGAACCAACCUGUGGCAGGGAUCCUUUCCAGAUGGAGACACUGCAGAGGAUGGAUACCAUGGUGUUGCCCCUGUCACGGCAUUUCCUUCCCAGAACAGUUAUGGACUGUACGACAUGAUGGGAAACACGUGGGAAUGGACGUCCACACCUUUUUCAGCAGCUCAACCCAUGUUCGUGCUGCGGGGGGGCUCCUGGAUCGACACGCUGGACGGCUCAGCCAAUCAUAAAGCCAGAAUAACGACCAGGAUGGGCAACACUCCUGACUCUGCCUCUGACAACCUGGGAUUCAGGUGUGCGGCCGGUGAUGGACACAAACAAGGAAAGAAGAAGGCCCAAACUGAACUUUAGCAAAACUUCAAGAGAAAUACAAUAAUGAAAUAAAGAAAGAGGAAAAACACACCAGCCACCAGUUAGUAUUAAUGACUAACCAUGAAUUUGAAUGGGGGACGAUGAUGAUGAUUAAGAGGAAACAAAAUGUAUUUCUCCUGUGGAGAACUUUUACCAAAACAAGAAAUAUCAUCCAAAUCAUGUACAGGAAUGACUGAAGAGACAUUUUGUGUCAUUGACUAAUGUCACUGAAUUAAAUAGAACACUCUUUGACUGUC